AUGGCCGAAAAUCUGGCAGUAGAUGGAGCUGCUAUACAGUCGUCAACAUCUGCAGACUGGUUUGCUGAAAAGGCCAUUGAUCGAGGUCUCCAGCAGUUGUAUACUGGAUGCUCCUCAACUAUUCCUGAGAAUAACCCAUGGUGGAGGCUGGAUCUGCGUCAUAUCUACAGAGUUAGUAAAGUGGUCAUCACUAAUAGAAAAGACUGCUGUGCAGAACGAAUAAACGGAACAGAGAUUCGUAUCGGAAACUCUUUGGAGAAUAAUGGCACCAACAAUCCCAUAUGUGCUGUUAUUCCUGCUAUUCCAGCAGGUGAGUCCUAUAGCUACUCAUGUGAUGGGAUGGAGGGACGUUACGUGAAUCUGAUCAUUCCUGGAGACAUGAAGACUCUCACUCUGUGUGAGGUGAAGGUCUAUGGAGAAGGUCCCUUUUUAAAAAGAUCAUUUAUAAAACUGAUGUUUGAUUCCAGCAAAGAUUUGACCGAUUCUACAAUGAGAGAAAAUAUUCUGAAACAGUUGGGAUCUGCUCUGGUUGAUAGAGGAUUCACAGAUGUGACAUUGAGUUGGUCUCAAAUCCCUAAACAGGAAGUUAUGCAGAAUGUGAACACUGGCAAAAGAAGCCAGUGA